AAAGUAAACACUGUGUCACAAAGUCUACACAGCCAUAGCUGCAGCAGCGCACACAGUGGGUAAAGCCAGCUGCAGUUCAUUCAAGGGAAGCCCCUGAAUCUCAUAAAUGUAGCUUCAUCUCAUGGUAUUGAAUUUCGCCAUCAUUUUCUCUACUUUUUGCCAGUGGACCAUUUCAGAAGAUAUCAACUGAGGAAUUCAAGAAUGAAGACCUUUGCUUAUCAAAUACUGGUGGGAUUUCUGCUCCUAGAGGCGGUUCUUGCUGCUCCUGCGAGGAAUGAGAAGAGAACAAAGUUGAAACAAAUACAAUUAUUACCUGACGAUCACAUUGAAGAUCUCGACUAUGUCAAUCAGGAAGCAAGUACUUUGUAUGACUAUGAAGAAGAGUUGAUCAUUAGUGAACCUGAGGUGGAAGUCGGUAGGCUGGACCCUUCCGAGAACAGUGUGUUUGAAACCUAUGGCAGUGGCUAUGAGGAGGAAGAGUCUCCCUAUGGACCUUUGGAUCCUGGUGCUCCGAGUGUGCCUGGCCUUCUUGGCCCUGAAUCGAAAGAAGGUCUUCCAACAUGCCUCCAGUGUACAUGCUUGAGUGGGUCGGUCUACUGUGAUGAUACGGACAUCGAAAGCAUACCUCCUCUGCCAAAGGACACCACACACUUCUAUGCACGCUUCAACAAGAUCACAAGCGUAAAGAAAGGGGACUUUGCUGGGCUAAAUCAUCUAAAAAGGAUUGACGUAACAGGUAAUAGGAUCUCUUCAAUCGAUGAAGAUGCUUUAAGACAGCUGCCUGAUUUGGCGGAUCUAAUGAUCGCUUCUAACGAACUUGUUCAGCUUCCUGAGCUGCCGAAAUCUAUGGUCAACAUUGAUGCAAGUUACAAUAAACUACACAGCAAUGGGAUAAAAAAAGAGGCAUUCAAAGACAUGAGUAACCUUGCGUAUCUGUACCUGGCUGGCAAUGCACUGAGUUACGUUCCACUUCCUCUGCCUGAAAACCUGCGUUCUAUUAAUCUACAGAACAACAAUGUACAACAGAUUGAUGAUGACACUUUCUGUAAUUCGAAGGACAUUCAUUAUGUUCGCAAGGCUCUUGAACAAAUUAGACUGGACGGAAAUCCCAUUAAUCUUAGCAAAACACCCAAUGCCUAUAUCUGUCUGCCCCAGGUGCCCUUUGGCAAGUAUUAAAGAUCCGUAAUACUGUCACCAGUUGACAGCAAACAUUUCAUAUUAUCGUGCUUAGGAUUUUCAACGGCAAACUGAUUUUUUCCCCCAAAGAACCUUUUAAAAUGCAAUCAAAUGUACAAACAAAUAAUUAAGAAGAGAUAAUUUGGUUCAAACUAAUUCCAUUUGAAAUGCUGGGCAACAAAUUAAAAGGCAAAAUGUUGUAAAUGUUUAAAGCUGAACUAUUUUUUAGUCCAAUCUGUAAUGACAAUCUGUCCACAAAAAAAUCAAAUAAUAAAAAAUAUGAUGUGGUUAAUACAUUCUUGUUACUGAUUAAGAAGUAUUCCUUCUUGGCAAUUUUUCAAUUCACUUCAUGUUUUAAGCUUGACUAUUGACGGAACAAUUUGACGAGUUUUUUUAAUAUUCCUUUAAAGCAUUGUACUUUAUUGUUAAGGUCCAGUGGGUCCAUGUUUCUUCUCAACCUGCCUUGUAACUGUUCCUCAGACUGUACUGCAGCACAAAUAAAUGGCUCAUCAAUAUUUAAUUUUAAAAGUCUCCUAAAUACAUGGAAAAAAAGAAUCUUCAUAUAUGCAGCUGGUCAGGGCAAAUUGUAAUAAAUAUAAUAAUAAUUAGGCAGUAAUAAUAAUAAUAAUAAUAAUAAUAAUAAUAAUUAGGUGGUAAUAAUAAUUUGAGUGGCACAGCGGCAAAUUUGCUGCCUUACAGCACCAGAGACCCAGGUUCGAUCCUGACUGUGGGUGCUGUCUCUACAAAGUUACAUUUCUCCCUGUGACCAUGGAGGUUUUCUCCGGGUGACAAUAGACAAUAGACAAUAGGUGCAGGAGUAGGCCAUUCAGCCCUUCGAGCCAGCACCACCAUUCAAUGUGAUCAUGGCUGAUCAUCCCCAAUCAGUACCCCGUUCCUGCCUUCUCCCCAUAUGCCCCAUAUAUCCACUAUCUUUAAGAGCCCUAUCUAGCUCUCUCUUGAAAAUAUCCUGAGAACCAGACCUCCAUCUGGCAGAGGCAGAGAAUUUCACAGACUCAUAACUCUCUGUGUGAAAAAGUGUUUCCUCAUCUCCGUUCUAAAUGGCUUACCCCUUAUUCUUAAACAGUGGCCCCUGGUUCUGUACUCCCCCAACAUUGGGAACAUGUUUCCUGCCUCUAGCAUUUCCAAACCCUUAAUAAUCUUAUAUGUUUCAAUAAGAUAUCCUCUCAUCCUUCUAAAUUCCGGAGCCACUCGAUUCUCUCAGCAUAUGACAGUCCCGCCAUCCUGGGAAUUAACCUUGUAAACCUACGUUGCACUCCCUCAAUAGCAAUAAUGUCCUUCCUCAAAUUAGGGGACCAAAACUGCACACAAUACUCCAGGUGUGGUCUCACUAGGGCCCGGUACAACUGCAGAAGGACCUCUUUGCUCCUGUACUCAACUCUUCUUGUUAUGAAGGCCAACAUCCCAUUCGCUUUCUUCACUGCCUGCUGCACCUGCAUGCUUACUUUUAAUGACUGAUGAACAAGGACCCCCAGAUCCUGUUGUACUUCCCCUUUUCCCAACUUGACACCAUAUGGAUGAUAAUCUGCCUUCCUGUUUUUGCUACCAAAGUGCUCUGGUUUUCUUCCUCACUCCAAAGAUGUACAGGUUUUUAGGUUAACUGGCUGUUGUGAUUGUCCCUUGUGUGUGUAGAAUAUUGCUAGUGUACAGGAGAUCGCUGGUCAGCAUGGACUCGGUGGGCCGAAGAUCCUGUUUCCACGCUGUAUCUCUAAACCUAAUUGUUUUUUCAAUCAAGGCAUUUGUGUUCCAAGUUAGGACCAACAAAGCUACAACUGUAUAUUUUGCUGUGACAAUUCCUCAAUGCAUUAAAUAAAAUAGUAACCUGGCUUAA